AUGCCAGGCUCCGACCCUUCAAACCAGCAUUCAAAACGAUCACGAAAAAGUGACGCGAUUGAAGAGAAGAAGAUGCCGGCCAAGCGACGUCGCACUUCUGGGGACGGGGAGAAUCUAGAGACACAGGCAGUCAAGAAGACGGGUUCAGACCAGCACCGUCUGGCCAAAGCUGAUGGAGAAGAGAACGCCGUAUCACCUGAGCCUUGGUCUUUAUCUACCUCCAUUGCGGGAAGGUUCAGAAACAUCGAUCCGCUAUUGAGUCCGGGUGACGAAUAUAUCUUUGUUGGCGUCGAUUCUGGAGUCAAUGUAUACUCAGCUGCUACAUCACGCCUCUUCCGAUCUUUGAAAUGGGGCAAAAAUCGCAAAGUCGUUGGAUACAACCUACACCCGACAAUCCAGGAACAUCUCUACAUUUUCACAUCGGAUGGAACUGUGAGGGAAUGGAAUUGGACGACUGCAACGCAGGUGGCGCAUUGGGAGAUCGGCAACAAUACAGUCACGGCUCAAUUUUGCUCGCACGAACCCGAAACUGGCGGAACGCCCGCUGUUCUAUCCCUGCGGCGUCGUCCGGAUGGGAUGAAGGAAGUGUUGAUUACCCACCUCGAGGGGAAGCGUCCUGAUAGCACUGUGAUCCUUGAGACGAAGCUUCCAGUUGAACACGUGAGGUGUCCAGGGAGUAGUAGGGUCAUUGUUGCCUACGGUGGCAACUACAUUCUACUUGGUACUACCAGCUCUACUACAGGUGGGGUGCAGUAUAGUUGGAGAGAGAUGGCAUUACCUGUCAACAUCACUUGUCUCGACAUACGAUGCACCUCUGAGCCGUCUCAGGCUGGUGGCCGAGGCCAGCAUACAGCUAGGCCCCGAGAGACCAUUGAUAUCGUUCUGGGCGAACCAAACGGCUCUAUGUUGAUCUAUUACGAUGUUUUGAGCGUCUUCGCGGCCGAAAAUGGCACCGAGGGCAAGAAAAACCUAAGCCCAAGGCGGCUGCACUGGCACCGAGAUCCUGUAAGCGCUGUGCGCUGGUCACGCGAUGGAAAUUAUGUCAUAUCCGGUGGCCUUGAGACAGUAAUGGUAUUAUGGCAGCUGGAUACGGGCAGAAAGCAAUUUCUUCCCCACCUUUCAGCGCAAAUCUGCAACAUCGUGGUGUCCGAGACCGGUAGUGCCUACCUAGUCAAAUUGGCUGAUAACAGUCUGGUGCUGUUGUCCGCGAGAGAACUGCAGCCUUUUGCGACAAUAACAGGCCUGCAGCUAUGUCCCAAGACCCUUAACGCCAAACUUCAUGCGUCAAAGGCUCGGCCAUCAGCUGCAUCUCCGGCUGUGUUGCAUCCACAAUACCCAGACCAUCUCUUGGUGCCUGUGCCCGUCCGCCAACAACUUUCUCCAGAAGGCCUUUCAUCGGCAGACUUCUGCGUGCUACAGACUUACGAUAUCCGCACAGACAGCCAUGUUUCCCGUCAAGCACUUACGCGCACCAAUGCAACAACUCUGAAUGUCGGCCCUGAAGGUUCCAGAAUCGAUACCCCCGACGUUACUCUUUUGGAUGUGGCACACGAUGGAAAAUGGAUGGCUACGGUAGACACAUGGAGUCCUCACCAGCAAGACAUCAGCGUACUUGAUCUCAGCACCGACGGUUCAGACCAAUACGCCGCCGAGGUAUUCUUGAAGUUUUGGAAGUGGAGCAAUGCGACUAAAGCCUGGGAGUUAGUCGCGCGCAUAGACGGGCCUCAUUUCACCAACUUGGGCCCUGCAUCGGUCCUAGACCUUGCAUCUCGGCCCCAUACCCAUGAAUUCGCGACAGUUGGAUCGGAUGCGGUUCUGCGCCUCUGGUGCCCUACCACGAGACAGCGGAGCGGUCUUAAACAAGAGCAUCACACAGAGCCAUUGGAAUCCUGGAAGUGUCGAAAUACUAUUGACUUGAGUGGCUACAUCGGGACUGAAGGGUCAAGUGUCAGCACCGCAUCCUUAACCUAUUCCGAGGAUGGAUCGGCGCUCGCCCUUUGCCUGGAAACAGUGGCUUCAGGGAACCUGGGGCUUGCCAUCAUCGUCGACGUUCAAAACUGUACCAUCCGCUGCAGUAGGGCUGGUGUAUACCCAGGCCGACUCUGUGGAACAAAGUUCCUGGGGAGCCAACUUGUUAUCGCCUCGCAGAACUCAGUGUCGAUAUGGGACACGGUUGGCGACCUUGUGAGGACGAGUGCCUUGGGGGCAGAAGAUACCGCAUCCGUCAACAGACCCCAGCUGCUUGCUGUAGACAGCAGGACGAAGACAUUUGCCGUUGCAUCUCAGUAUUCCCACAGUCGCUCGUCCAAAUCUCAGUUCCAAGUGCGAGUGUAUGACAUCGACUCGCUGUCGCAGCUAUUUCAGCACAAACUAUCACAACCUCCGCUUGCGUUGCUUUCAAGCCCGCACUCGGGAGAUUAUGUUGUUGUUGAUGCGGGAGCCAACGUGCUGAGGCUUGGAUGCCAGCAGAGGGUGUCUCAUAUUACUCAACCCCAAGAGCUAGCCUCCCGGCUAGAUUCCGGACUGACCAGCCUGUUCGGGGGACAAUCCCGCGCUGACUGGCAUAAAAACUCAUUGGCACCUGUUUCUACGUCUGCGGUGGACACGUCAGCCUCUGGCCAACUUGCGAGUGUUUUCCGUGAGGCGCCUUUCGUUGCACCUCCCACCAGUAUUCUUUUCCGGGAUGUGGUGAAGGUGCUGUCAGGCUAG